AGCCCUAACAUAAAGGCCCUGGGUGUCCACGAGUUGCUGUCAGUCAGAAGGCCACGCCGUCCGAGAUGGGCUCCUCUCGGGCACCCAAGAUGGGGCGUGUGGGAGGGCAAGGGAUGAUGGCAUUGUUGCUGGCUGGUCUCCUCCUGCCAGGAACUUUGGCUAAGAGCAUCGGGACCCUUUCAGACCCCUGUAAGGACCCCACACGAAUCACUUCUCCGAACAACCCAUGUCUCACUGGAAAGGGUGGCUCCAGCAGCUUCAGUAGCCAAAGUGGCUCCAGCAGCUUCAGCAACUCCAUUUCCAGUUCCAGUGGCUCCAGUGGUGGCUCCAGUGGUGGAUCCAGCAGUUCUAGUAUCUCCAGUGGUGGUUCCAGUGGUGGCUUCAGUGGUGGCUCCAGGGGUGGUUCCAGUGGUGGCUCCAGUGGUUAUAGUAUCUCCAGUGGUGGCUCCAGUGGAUCCAGUUUCUACCAGGGUGGUUCUGCAGGAUCUGCAUUAUUUAAACCAGGAUCAGGAUAUCCCAAAGGAACAGGGGAUGGCUCUGCUCUACCGGUCAAUGAUAAGUCUCAUAUGUCUGGAGGAAGCUCUUCCUUUUCCCAAACCUCUCAGAUGUCCAGCAGCAGUAGUCAAAGCAGCAGCUCCAACCUGCGUCCCUGUAGCUCAGAUGUCCCUGACUCUCCCUGCAGUGGGGGACCCAUUGUCUCACAUUCUGGCCCCUACAUCUCCAGUUCCCACUCUGUGUCAGGGGGGCAGAGGCCCGUAGUAGUGGUGGUGGAGCAGCAUGGCUCUGGUGGCCCUGGAGUGAUUCAAGGUAGCCCCUGUAGCAAUGGUGGCCUCCCAGGCAAGCCCUGCCCCCCCAUCACAUCUGUACAGCAAUCCUAUGGUGGCUAUGAGGUGGUAGGUGGCUCCUCUGACAGCUAUCUGGUCCCAGGCAUGACCUAUAGCAAGGGUAAAAUCUACCCUGUGGGCUACUUCACCAAAGAUAACCCUGUCAAGGGGUCUCCAGGGUCCCCGUCCUUUGCAGCUGGGCCCCCCAUCUCAGAGGGAAAAUACUUUUCCAGCAAUCCCAUCAUCCCCAGCCACAGCUCAUCUAGUUCCAACAUACACCAGUCAGGAGCUUCCUCAGCCAUUGCAUUCCAGCCUGUGGGCUCUGGUGGGGUCCAGCCCUGUGGAGUCGGCUUCACAGGACCUAAGGGACCCUGCUCCCCUUCUGGUUCUGGAGUGCAUAUCAGUUCUAGCAUAUCCAGCAAUUCCGGUUCAUCCUACCACCCCUGCAGUGGUGUCUCCCAGGGUCCCUGCUCCCCACCAGGCACUGGCUCCUUAGGAGGCAGCUCCAGCUCCAGCUCCAGCUCCAGCUCCCUAUCCAGUGGCAAAAUCAUCCUUCAGCCCUGCAGCAUCAAGUCCAGCUCUUCUGGUCAACCUUGCAUUUCUGUUUCCUCCUCGACAUUGAGUGGGGGUCCCGAUGGCUCUCCUCAGCCUGAUCCCUCUGCUGGUGCCAAGCCCUGUGGCCUCAGCAGCCCUGGAAGGAUCCCUUGCCGCUCUAUCCGGGACAUCCUGACCCAAGUGAAGCCUCUAGGGCCCCAGCUAGCUGACCCUGAAGUUUUCCUACCCCAGGGAGAGUCACUUGACAGUCCAUAAGUCAGCUUUUUGUACAUGCAUGCACGGGCACACACAUAUACACAUACCAUCUCCCAGCUGGGAGACAUCCAGGGGCCCAGACAUGGGGUUAGCUCAUAUCCUCUCUAAAAGAGCUGCUCUGCCUCCUCCAGUAUUCCAGUGUUGCAAACUCUCCCUUAUUACCUCUUCUUUCUUCUCCUCCUAUCACUCACUAGCCCAAAUGGUAGACUCCAAAUCCCUUUCCCCAUUCUCUCCGAUAUCUUAGAUCCCAUUCUACUGCAGUGCCAUUUCUACCAGAACACCACCCCUUAAAUUUUCCUUGGGUAUUUCUUUGAGAUAGUCCAUUAACAAAACCCACCUACUCAGGUUCUUGACUAGGAAACCCCUGAUCUCUGAUGCCUGGACAAGUCAUUCCUUCCUUUGCCAGAUAAAGCAAAGUCCAAAUUGUUACCCGAAGAUAAUGACCAUGUUUCACUGACCUGUCUUCACCAUCUGCUCAACCAAACCUCUAUACCACUGGAUGCUGUUUCCAACACACCCUUGCAUCAAAAAGCCAGCCCUCUCCCUGGCUGUCGCUUCUCUCAAUGCUGAGAUGCUGCCCUGUGUGAGACACCAGGGCACCUGCUGAGAAUGGAGCCAUCUCCCUGCUUUCUCUGGAUCCUGGACAUGGCUCAAUAAACUGUGUGAACUCGAUGCAGAAUUUUUGCCUUCUUAGAGUCCUGGGUCUCCUCCUAGGACAUGGGUGGUGAACCUCCUGUGCCUCUAGAGGUCUCCAUGUCCCUGUUUCCAUUCAUAAGUUGGCCCAGUAUUUCUUUCAUGCCUUACAGCUACUCCCACAAAGAAGGAAAACAAUAAAUAUUUGUUGAACUGAAAGCAGAAGUUGC